CAACCAACAAUACCCAUAUGUGCCAGUGUUGUCGUUUUCUAAUGUUCAUCCUCAGUUGUUGGUCCAUUUCAUCAACAAAUUCCAAAAAGGAAAUGAUUAAAAAAAUGGGAUUGCCAGUCAAAGUCAUGAGCCCAUAAAAACAUUUUCAAUACCCGACAACCAGUUUUAGAUGAACAACACGCAGAAAAAGGAAAUUCUUCAAGAAAAAAAAAAAAAGCAAAACAAUGAUAGCUCGAUUCAUCUGAAAUUGUGGAAUAGAGGAAAAGAAAGAGAGAGAUAUGGAUCCAGAGCAAACGUUUAUAAGGGUUCAAGAGAGAUUUUCUCAGAUAUUAACACCAAGAGUGAGAGUAGCUUUGGAGUAUAUCUAUCUCUUUAUUGCCAUUACUUCCUUUUGUAUUCUUGUUGUUAUGCACGCUAAUUAUGUUCAACAGCCUGGAUGUUCGAGUGAGCUCUCUGGAGUUGAAUCAAAUGAAGUCCAACUUGUUCAGAUUAAGAUAACCAGUGCUGGCUUGUGGUCACAAGAUGAGUCUGAACCCCCUGUUGUAAAUAAUCUUGACAUGGAAACUGUAACUGAAAACAUAGAAGUUGCAAAUGCUGAUGAUGAUGGGUUGAUGUUCUUGGAUGCCGAGUUUUGGUUGAACUGGUUUAGUUCUGGUGCUAGGAAAGGAAAAUUGGCAUUGAAGUUCUGGAAGACUGAUGAUGAAUUUAUUGAGAAGCAAGCAGAAUACUCUACCAAUGGUGAAAGUUCUAAGCCAACUAUUGAUGAUGCAGCUCUUAAAAUCGAGAAAGAGGAGACACGUAAUGGUUUCUAUUUAUUAGCAAAACAGACAUUUAAAGCGGCUUUUGUGCACUUUGGUAAAAAGUGGUACAGACGUUUAUCAUUUGUUUGGAGACAUGGCAUUCAGAUCUUUGGAAGUUUCCAGAAGUUGUGGAAUAUAACAGGUUUACAUUUAAAUCUUGAUGUUCCUAAAUGGUUGCGUAUACUUCACUUGGAUAGGCUUAACUCAUAUGCAGUGCAUUGGCUUGAGAGAAGAAGUAAAGCAUUUGAACCGACUUAUCUCUAUACUAUGGAAAAGGGUUACUUCUUGCUGCCUGAUGCAGCUAAGUCACGGCACAACAUACGUACUGUUAAUAUUAGCAUAUCAGCCCGACAUCCUUGUUUUGGGAACAGGUGGCAGCAACUUCUAAUCAAUAGAUUUGUUGGGUAUGACACUAUUUUGAUGAAUAGUUUAUUGCAUCAGCCUGGUAAAGGUUAUCUUUAUAAUUUUCAGACAAAGGAGUUCUAUAAUCUCACUUAUGCACGAGAAUUACCAGAUGGUUCUGCAAGAGUUGGAGACUAUCUUGUCACCAAAUGUGGUGUGCUCAUGAUGUCUUUGUUCGUAUUUUUCACAACCACCAUGUCAGUAUCAUUUACAUUGAGGGAAACUCAGACUCGCAUGUUGAAGUUCACAGUGCAGCUUCAACACCAUGCUCGACAUAGGCUUCCAACAUUUCAGUUGAUAUUUGUGCAUGUGAUUGAAUCACUUGUAUUUGUACCGAUUAUGAUUGGCAUCCUAUUUUUUCUGUUCGAGUUCUAUGAUGAUCAGCUAUUGGCUUUCAUGGUUCUAAUUCUGGUCUGGUUAUGUGAAUUAUUUAUAUUAAUCAGUGUUAGGACUCCAAUAUCAAUGAAGUUUUUUCCUCGCUUCUUUUUGCUCUACUUCCUGGUCUUUCACAUUUAUUUCUUCUGCUAUGCUUACGGGUUUUCUUAUUUGGCUCUCUCGACUACUGCAGCAUUUAUGCAGCACCUUAUUCUUUACUUCUGGAAUCGUUUCGAGGUACCCACCCUUCAACGGUUUAUGCAAAACCGGAGGUCUCAGCUUCAGCAACAUCCAGAUUUCCAUAUCACAUCUUCAACUAUACUUGCAUCUACUUUACACAUUACAAGACUAAACACCAGGAAUCCUGGCCCAGUUCGACCCGAUCCGACCUCUAUGCCAGGGUUGAGACCUGGAUCUGACCAAGAAGUACCGGCAAAUGGAGCUGGAGAAGCUGCUGGGCCUCGAAGACAGUCGGAAAAUGAAAACAUAAGUCAGAACGGAAACCCGAUGCAGAUUCCAGCACAACCCGAUCUACAGCAAGCUGAAGCUGGACCUAAUCCCGGAACUAUGAGUUCAUUCAGUUCAUUAUUAUUAUGGAUCUUGGGAGGUGCUUCGUCUGAAGGUCUUAGUUCGUUUCUUUCCAUGUUUAGAGAUGUGAGAGAGCAAGGACAGGUUUAUACUGACCCACCGCACGAAAACCGCGCAAUGCAGAACGUGCAGUAGCCCCAGGUGCCGUUACAAAAGAGAUGAAGGUUGGUAGAGUUUAGUGUUUUAGAUGAAUGUUGUAUAGCUAAUGUUCUAAUCAUAUAUAAAGAAGAAUUUGCAUUAAUACAUGGCACAAAACCAAUGAACAAUUCCAACUUAAAAGGAGGAAAUUGUAUAAAAAAACAUAACUGUUACUUUUUGAAGUUUUAUGUUAUGUUAUUAACUAUUUGGCAAA